AUGCGCUCAACGUCGGCAACUCCGACGGUUUUUGGCGUGCGCGGGUCAGAGGCCGAUGAAGUGCCCGAACCCGCCUCGAGGUUGCCCAAGCCCGCCUCCCGCCCAGCCUCGAAGCUGCUCGACACUGCAUUUGGGCUCGAGGGCUCGAGGCUUCGAGGCUCGGAUUCCAUCAUGCUCGUCGGCUCCACUUUCGACGACGCGGCGGUGUGCUGUGCCGUGCGCUGUGCUUUGGCUGUGCUUUGCUCUCCGCCCUGCCAAGCAACCGCCGAAAAAGCACGGCCGUCUGCCAAUUCAAGCACCGCCUGCAGCGCCCAUCUGCCCCUUCCUGCCCAUGUUGCCUUGCCCUGCGCUGCCCUGACCCGCCCCGCCCCGGCGCAUCCUCUGCAGGCAGAAGUGCCCGUCGAGGUCAUCGUCAUCCUUCCCUCGCUCGCUCUCGACUUUCUGCUGAGUGAUGGAUGGCCUGCGAUACCGCCCAUCCUUGCAAGUGAGCUCCACAUAAGCCUCGUCGCGCUUCCUGCUUCUUAUCCCCUCGUCACCAUCGUUCCUGUCUUCACCACCACCACCACCACUGCUAUCGUCGCUACCGCCUCCCUACGUCACUCCGUCCUCGACGCCGCACGAUCUUCGCGACUCGUAACGGAAUACCAGCGGAUCAUACCCACACCCCCUUCAAAUCACAGCACAGUCGCCCUUAGCCCAUCAUGGUUUUCAGAGGCCUUUGCGUCGGACUCGCAUGCUGACCCGCUCGUCUGUCCUUCUCAUCCACCCCUCCUUCCUUCCCCGCUCGCUUGUUGCGACGACGGCGAUAUGGCGGUCACCCACUCGCGCGGCGCGGCGUACAAUGUUCGCAACUGCUGGGCCUCGUUUGGACUGUUCUGCAUCCAUGUAGGCGAGUUCCUCACGUUUGCCGCGGUCAUCCUCAUGGUCUUUGCCAACAUUGGCCAAUUGACCAACAACAUUGUGACGCGCAACAUCCGCUACGUCUCGGUGGACGCUUCGAACCUCGGCAACGCGCUCGCGUCGACCAACACGGCCACCAACGACCUGUACGCCGCGAACCCGGCGGCUCCCGUGGCGCAGGGCAACGGCAUCAGGCAGAGCUACCAGUGGGGUCUGUACAACUACUGUGCCGGCCAGCCCUCGGGUGACUCGCGUGCGUGCAGCGACAAGAGCUUUGGCUUCGAGUGGCAGCCCGUGGAUGCGCUGCUCAACGAUGCGCCCCAGGACGCACGCAACGGCAUCCAGAACUUCCUGCCCGAGGCGACGUUCCGCGACUCGAAAUACCUCGGCGACUACUCGAAGCCGGCCAUGUACCUGAUCUUUAUCGGCUCGUGCCUCGCGCUGCUCUCGUGGAUCUCGGGUCUGCUGUCGCAUCGCUUUGCCUUCCUCGGCGCCGCGUUCAUCGCGCUGCUUGCGGCUCUGACGCUCGGUGUGGGCGCUGCACUGCUCACCGCCAUCUACACCAAGGCGCGCGACUCGGUGGGUGUGCAGUACGGCGUGGUGGUGCACUACGGCAAUGCGCUCUGGAUGACGUGGGGCGCGUUUGUGGCGUGCGUGCUCGCCAUCGUGCCCUACAUCCUCUCGUGCUGCACGGGCAGGAGCGACGACUACUAA